AUGGCGCUCAUGCUCGAAAACUCAUCCUGCGGCGGUGGAGGCGGCGCCGGCGAUCAGGGCUUGCUUCUGUCGCUGGACUCCCACAAAGCAGUCCCGGCGCCGUUCCUGACCAAGACCUACCAGCUCGUCGACGACCCUUCCACCGACCACGUCGUCUCCUGGGGAGAGGACGACUCCACCUUCGUCGUCUGGCGGCCACCGGAAUUCGCACGUGACCUCCUCCCCAAUUACUUCAAGCACAACAACUUCUCCUCCUUCGUCCGCCAGCUCAACACCUAUGGUUUUAGGAAGAUCGUGCCGGACAGAUGGGAAUUCGCCAACGACUUCUUCAAAAAGGGGGAAAAGCAUCUCCUCUGCGAAAUCCACCGCCGCAAGACAGCUCACCCUCCUCCCCCUCCGCCGCCGCACCACCACCACCACCACCUCAUGGGGCCCGGCGCCGGGUUCUUCCCGUUCUCCACCAACCGGAUCAGCAUCUCCCCCGACGACGACGACCUCCACCUCUUCCCCAACCACCACAACCACAAUCACAACUACUGGGACAACCCACCGCCGGCGCCGCAGAGAUGCUCGCCACCAAGAACCACCGCGACAACGGCGGCAGCAGGAGGCAGUAGUAAUUCUGGCGUGGGGACGGUGACGGCGCUGGCGCAGGACAACGAGCGGCUGCGUCGGAGCAACAACAUGCUGAUGUCGGAGCUGGCGCACAUGAAGAAGCUGUACAACGACAUCAUCUACUUCGUCCAGAACCACGUCAAGCCCGUCGCACCUCCAACCAGAACCACCCACCACUCCACGUCGUCAUCAUUCCCGCCCUUCCCUUCCAACGGCGCCGUUUCGUCCCACCACCAUCUGGCGCAGAAGCCGCUGAACCAGCUGCUGGGAUACUACCCGGCGUCGAAUAUGCAAGGCGGGGCUGCACCGCAACUAAUUCAGGUGUUGAACAAUAGCAACAACGUGACUACUACUAAUGGUAGUACGACGUCGCCUAGCUACAGCAACAGCGGGAACUCGCAGAGCACGGUGACGAUAUUGGAAGAGCUUCCCAAUCCCGACAACAAAGGCGGGAUUGAGAAUGAUGGGUCAUGCAGCAGGACCAAGUUGUUCGGCGUGCCGAUAUCGAAGAAGAGGGUGCACCCGGAUCAGUACUAUGGUGGAGCGACCGUGGAGAACAGUAAGGCUCAUCGUUUGGUGUUGGGGAAGGAUGAUUUAGGGCUCAACCUCAUGCCUCCUUCCGCUUGCUAG